AUGUCGAUCAGAACUCGUCUGGCCUCCUCAACAGAGCAGAUACUGGCACUUGGGGCAUCGCUCACCGCACCAAGUCUUCUUAACGAGCUAUCACCUCUCGAAGCCGCCAUAUUGGUCCAAGAUUCUCGGAUGGCUCUACAGAUCAUAGGUUUAAUGGACGCGGCCGAGUUCUCGACAAGGACAGUCUUUGCAGCUGUGUAUAUGGCCGAGUAUACAUUUGACUGGGUCCUGUUCCACAAGCUCUUAGAGCUGAGCAAACAUGCUCAAGUUCCGACCAGCGAACACCAUUGGCUCGGAUUAGCGAUGUGUCUCGCAAUGAGAAUUGGCAUCGAUGAUGUGGCCGAUGAAAUUCUUAUGACAGGACUGUGCCCCCCACAAAUGAUAUACCGAGGUUUAAGCCCCAAGAUGUUCGUACCUUUGAACAGGCCCCCCAAGGUGUCUUUACAGCGGUACGAAGAGCUAUAUCUCGAAGCGAUUGACGAGGAAACGCGACAGUAUGAGGAGCGUCAGCCAGCAACCUUUCAUGCGCUCUUAUCUUCACCGGAUUGCGUCGCCAGAUUGGUGCAAAAUGGCCACCAAUUCAACGUCGAUUGUUCACGUGUUGCUGCCAAUCCACAUGCCCUGGCUAUCCUCCCCCUUCUACAAAGAACCAAAGCCACACUGGACAGGGUGCUUCUAACGAGAGCUAUUCUUGGAAAGUCUACCGCGGUUAUGGACUGGUACUUGUCGUCUGGCAUCGGUGUCAACACCGUGCACUGGCGUGAGAGUGAAAAACUCUGGGGAACACCGCUGAGAGCUGCUGCCUUUGUAGGCGACAUUACCCUCGUGGAGACUCUUGUUAGCAUGGGCGCCGACGUCAAUGAGUACCAUCAGGAAUUUCGAUGUGCUCCACCGUUGAUAGAGGCAGCUAUGAGGGGUUUCUUCGGCAUGGUGAAAAGAUUGCUGGAAUUGCAUGCAGAUCCAGACAUCCCAAGCGGAGCGUAUUUCACGCGAACUGCGCUAGAGGCGGCGUCAGAGAAUGGCCGAUUAGACAUUGUGCAGCUCCUUCUUGACUCUGGCGUCUCGACUGAAGGAACCGGCCGUCUCCACUACAUCAGAGCUGUUGUGUUAGCGCGGAAACGAGGGCGCCUCGCCGUUGAAAGGCUGUUACGGAGCUUUCGACGUUGGGAUAAAACUGAUCAUGAGCUGUUUGACGAGACGUACAACUUGCCGGAGCACUACUUUGAAGGACUCCUGGAGGAUGAAGGCGACUCUUCUGACAACGAAGACUUCCAAGACAAUCUUGAGCCCAUACAGCAAUUGCCCGGGUAUGACGUGAGAGCCGAGAUGAUAAUAAAGGCAGCAAGUGGAACUAGUAGAGAGGAGGCGAAAUCUGAUGACCUGGCGUUGCCGUCAGAAGUGGCAUUGCUCAUCAAAGACAUCGAGAACAACGAAAACAGCGAAGACAGCAAGGCUGGCGAUCCGGACACUUCCUCUCGCGGCGAAACACAGUACUUGCAAGACAUUACAGGUACUAGGUGCUCAGAGGUUAAUGGAGCGUUGUGCAGGGCUGAUAUUUGCAGUUCACACGAUGAUCAAGAUCGGGAGGGUAACGGUGACGACUGGAUGGAGAAGUAUGUUCGUUUCCCGUCGGAGACACCUUCACUUGAUUAG